GCCGCCAGGAUGCGCUACGCGGACCCCUCGGCUAACCGGGAUUUGUUGGGAAACCGAACUUUGCUCUUCAUCUUCAUUUGCGCGUUCGCCUUGGUGACCUUGCUGCAACAGAUCUUGUACGGCAGGAACUACAUCAAGAGAGGCCUCCAGUUUGGUUGGCAGAGUGGUGACCAGUUGGCCAAUUGGACGGGGCUCUUUAAUGUCACGGACGACCCAGCAGUGCAGAGCGGCAGUGACUCCAGCUCCAGGUACUUUGAAUUUUACGAGGGCCCUUUAGAAUAUAACUCCACAAGAUGCCUGGAGCUGAGACACGAAAUCUUGGAAGUGAAGGUGCUGUCCAUGGUGAAGCAGUCGGAGCUGUUUGACAGAUGGAGGAGCCUGCAGAUGUGCAAAUGGGCGAUGAAUAUCUCUGAAGCCAACCAGUUCAAGUCUACUCUGUCCAGGUGCUGCAACGCCCCCUCCUUUCUCUUCACCACCCAGAAGAACACUCCCCUGGGGACGAAGCUCAAGUAUGAGGUGGACACCAGCGGCAUCUACCACAUCAACCAGGAGAUCUUCCGCAUGUUCCCCAAGGACAUGCCGUACUACCGGUCCCAGUUUAAGAAGUGUGCCGUGGUGGGUAACGGAGGCAUCCUUAAGAACAGCCGCUGCGGGAGGGAGAUCAACAGUGCUGACUUUGUCUUCAGGUGCAACCUACCCCCCAUUUCAGAGAAGUACACCAUGGACGUGGGGGUGAAGACUGAUGUGGUCACUGUGAACCCCAGCAUCAUCACAGAGAGGUUCCACAAGCUGGAGAAGUGGCGGCGGCCCUUCUACCGCGUGCUGCAGGUGUACGAGAACGCGUCGGUGCUGCUGCCCGCCUUCUACAACACGCGCAACACCGACGUGUCCAUCCGCGUCAAGUACGUGCUGGACGACUUCCAGUCGCCGCAGGCCGUCUACUACUUCCACCCGCAGUACCUGGUCAACGUGUCGCGCUACUGGCUCAGCCUGGGGGUGCGCGCCAAGCGCAUCAGCACCGGCCUCAUCCUGGUCACCGCCGCGCUGGAGCUCUGCGAGGAGGUGCACCUGUUCGGCUUCUGGGCCUUCCCCAUGAACCCCUCGGGGCUCUACAUCACCCACCACUACUACGACAAUGUCAAGCCCCGCCCGGGCUUCCACGCCAUGCCCUCCGAGAUCUUCAACUUCCUGCACCUGCACAGCCGGGGCAUCCUCCGCGUGCACACCGGCACCUGCAACUGCUGCUGAGGGCGGAGGCCCUGCGCGGCCACCCGGCAACCGAACCUCGCUGCUCCUCUGCAUCUGGCGCCGGGCGGUGCCCAGGCCUGGCCUUCAGGCAGUCACUCCCUCGGUAGUUCAGUCUUGUGAGGAUCCUGUGGGCCGGGAGGCAGGGAUGGGGGCCAGGACAGCUCUGCUCUGCCCACAGGUAACCUGUUGCAGGCCAGGCCUCCAGAUGGGGGACCCUGGGCAUUGCAAGUGAAUAAAGCACAUUUCCACUUAAUGUUAGCGUCUGAGAGAGCACAAACCUCAGCGGGCUUUUGGCAGCUAAGGGAGUCCCAGGUGGAGGAGAGACAGGAGAAGGGGCAUGUGAGCAUGGUCAAGGCUUAAUGCAGACUUUCAGGUUCCUGAGUUUUAAUCCAAGGCCUCAGCCAGGAGCUGCUGUCUAGAAUCUCGGAACUGAGAGGCCAAGCCAGCAGCCAGGUGUUCAGAGUGGCUCAGGGACUUAUCAACGGAAGUCACCCCGACCAACCGAGUCCAUUAAGUGACAUGGUGACAUCUGACGCAAGGCCAGCAUGCUAGGAUCUUUCCCGAGAGCCUCGGCCCUUCAAACACAUCCUCAGACUCACACAGUCUUGGUGCCUCCAGGUUCAAUCCUGCGUUUGAUCUUUUGACAAGAAGGAAAUAAACCAGACCAGCCAUUUGCACUAAGGUUUUCAAGCCAGUGUUAUCGACUCAAUAAGUGCUUAGCAAUUUGCUUCCUUUCUGAUUCCUUAUUUCCAGCUCUGUUUUAACCAGGAGUUAUUUAUAUAAGAGCCAUUCCUCUUUCUGUUCCUAAAUACUGCAGAAUCCUGCUCGCUCAUGUUGCUGAGUCAGAACCGCGAGGCUCCAGGCUGAAAGUGCUGACUUGUCACUGGUGAGCUUAGGGGAUGGCCUCCGGCGACACCAGCAUCACCAGGGUUUGAACUGUAAAGGAGUGACUUCAUACAUGCACCCAUGGGGCUUACACUUUGGGAAAGUAGCGUGCCCAGGCUAAAAGGGGCUCAGAAGUCAUUUCACCUCUGAAGUUCAUUCCCUCUGCUCUCCCUCAGGUGUUUCCACCAUGAAUGAGGCUGUGCCUGGUAGAGGCCUAUGGGGAAUUUCCUUGGUAUUUGGCUCUGUGGGACCAUGGGACCUUAGUGUCAGAGGGGCUUUAUCCCCCUUCCCCCUCACUUCUCUUCCCCCUUCUCUCUCUCCAUCCCUUAUACAUUCCCACAAGCCUCUGCCUUGGGAGGCCAAGAUGGCAAAUGGAGUCAGUGCCUCUGCUUCUCAGAGUGGAGGGCAGACCACACACAGACUCCAGGCUGCCUGCUGAAGCUCAGGGGAGGAAGAAGAACUGAGCACACAGCAGGGACAGCACCUUCCACCUGAGGGCCUCAUCUUACAGACAGAGCUGUAGGUCCAUCCAGGAGGGACAGGGGAGAGCUCAGGUGUGCCCAGCCUCCAGGCUCCCAAUAAGGGAUCCUCCCUGAGCAGAACGUCUUUAUCUGUGUUUCGAGUUGGCGGGUGUUUAUGGAGCCUGUCUUCUGUGUGUAACACUGUCCUAGAUGCUGACCCUUCACCUUCCUUCUGAAUGCCCAGCUGGGAAAAGCUCAAGCCAGUCUGGAGAACAGGAAAGUAGCCAAUCAGCAGAGGAGGCCCAAAUGCUUGGUAAAUCGGGAAAACUACCCCAGGGCAGUGGAUGGUUGUGCUUUCUUGGGCUCUGCCUAUUUCUCCCAAGGAAGGAACGCCUGGGACAGAUUCCUACUAAUUGAGGUUCCCAGCCCCUUGUUUAAACGUGAUUAACUGAGCCCAGUUCUUGAAACUGUGGAAUUGGAAGACUCUUAAAUACCACUUUAUCCCACUUAAGGAAACAGAUCAAGAACAGGGAAAGUGACUUGGGUCAAGUCAGGUCUGGGGCUCCACCAAGUUCCUGCUGUAGAAGCCCUUUGGGUAAUGUUUAUGUUCCAGAUGGGGCAGAGUCGGGGGCUGGAAACUGGUGAGUUGGACACAAUGGCUCUCACAGCCCAGGGAUGUCUGCCCCUUGGAGGAGCUAGAGAUGCAGAUAAGGAUCCAUCCCAUCAAUUGUGGCUUCUGACUCCAGAUCCUAUUUCUGCUUGGGGCCUUAGGACAAAUCCCCCCUCUUCCUUGGAGUCUCAGUUUCUUCAUCUCUCUAACUAGAGGCUUAGAAAAGAUCUCUAUAGUCUCUAUAAUCUAUUUUCUUGGAGGUAUUCAUGAUGUGUGGAUCUAGGCCAUAAGUAGUAUUUAUAUAGUGUAAUAGCUAAGAUUUGCUGUGCUCUCAUUCUGUGUCAGGCCCUAUACCGAGCACUAUCUUUGCAUUCUUUCCUCUAAUCACCAUGAGAUCCUCUUAAGUAGGAGGGCUCCCGUUAUACAGGUGAGGAGACUAGGCUGAGAGCCAUUCAGUGAUAGGCCCCCAGUGGAGGAAACUGGCCCAGGUCUGUAGAAUCUAGAGGCUGUGCUCCGAGCCUCAGUCCCAGCCACCUCCCAGCCAGCAGCAACAGGGUGGGAAGAAGAGGGGUCCCGGCAGAGAAGGCACUGCAGGGCAGUCCUGGCUCCUGCUCUAAGGACAAUACUCUGGAGCCAUCCCAAGUCCUAGAGGCUGUCAUGGUAUUAGGAGGUAGGUGCCUCCUACCCCAUCCUGGUCCCACCCACCCCAGCCCACCUCUAGCGCCAGCACCAACCCACCCACAGAAUGUAUGCUGUCUAGCACGGGAGAGGAGCUGAGGCCAUCACCACAUUUUGCAGGUAGGAGAGAUGCCCAGAAAGGUCCAUGUUAAGUGAGAACUUGUUGAGGGACUUGUCCAUGGCCACAUGGCCUCUAGUUUCCUGACUUCCAGGCCGACCUUUCUCCUGCAGUCAGUGUUGGGAGGAAAAACACUUCCAGAAACUCAGAAAGAUCCAGGCUUUAGCUCAAGAAGCCCCCACCAUCUCCCUCGCAGCCCUAUCACUGCCCCAUUGUGUGGUACAGGUGACCAGUUAAAUUCUUAUUUAAGGGGAAUCGAUUCCCCACAAGCAACACAACUGUGUAUCUUCCUUUGUGCUAAACCCCACUGCUCUGGGGUUGUAAGGCAGCAGUAAUAAAUACAUGACUCGGUGCUUAGUCAAGCAGAAAGGAAGGUGGCUGAAGGUCAGCCAUGGGCUCUGAGCCGGUUUCAGCCGCGCUGCUGCUGCUGCAACGCUGCCGCUAAGUGCCUGGCGAGGAGCUGGUCACCUUGACUUUGCUGAGCCUGGGGAGGAGACAGGGCAGGGCUUUCUGAUAACUGAGGAAGAAAACAGAACUGGCUUCAGGCAUUCAACAAAAAUAUAUAUUGAGUGCUCAUUUUGUGCUGGGCAUUGUCCCAGGUGCCAGGGAGCUGGUGACAAAGCAAAGGCAGCCCUGGCCUCCUAGAGCUUGUGGAUUGGUGGGGGUGUCUGGAGGCCGAACCCAGAGUCUCCCAGUGCACGCAGGAGUUGUGCUGAGUGCUGGCAUGACCCAGCUCUGGGAAGCUGGAGGGGCGCAUGAGGGCAUGCAGGGAGUGGGUUCUGAGUUCCCAAGGUUGGCGGAGAAUAAUCACAAUUGCCAAAGCGGUGGAUGGUCUCAGGCCUCAUCGUUGACAGCCGCAUGGCAUGCGACAGGGUGGGCCCACUGCCUUUUUGAGUCCCUUUCUGUGUUUUCUGGUAACUCCCCCCCACCCCACUUCCUUCCUGUUUGUCUGAAUGCUUCUGCUCAGGCCCCCUGGUUGAUUCUGCGAAGCGUUCUCAGGGUUCUUUUACUAGGAGCAUUUCUGCAGAAAUGCCAUCUGUCUGCAGUUUCAAGUCUCUCCUGUCUGUCCUGGCAUCCUGACCCCCUGACCUGAAAGCCACUUCUCCUUGGCGCUUCAGAAGCAGGUUUUUGGUGGCUCUGGAACAUCUGCCUAUGCGGCACCUCUCACCUCAACAUGUCCUCAAUCUGGACUCGAAGCUGUCUCCUGACACUUACUAACUGGGUGACCUCUGCGAGCUGCCGAAACCCCUGGGGACUCUCGUUCAUCACUUGAGGAGUGAAGCCAGGACACCAGCCUCAGCAGCUGCAAUGAAGGUUAAGUGGGAUCAGUGCCAGGCACAAACUAGACCCCCAGGAGUGCAGGUUCCCCCUGCCUCCUUCCCCAGCAGUCCAGGAGCUGCUGGUACCGCACCCCUGGCCACUGAGUCCCAGACCCGGUCACCCCGGCUCUUCCUUCUCCUUUCCCUUCUGUGUGUAUUUGUUCACCAAUCCUUGCCAGUCCCAGCUCAUGAAUAUCCCUUGAAUUCAUUUCCUCCCUGCAACCCUCAUCUUUCUCCUUCCAUAGAACAACCUUCUAGAAACACCUUUGGGGGAGCCCUCUGUCUGGCUGUACUGUGUAUUCCAGAUUCCUCGCCCAGCUCUGUGGGCCAUGUCCUAAACUGGCUUACUCACCUCCCAGAGACCCUCCUGCCACCUCCCUGCUCCCCAGGCCCACACUCCGGGCCUUGUGCCUUUGCACAAGCUGUCAGCAACGCUGUCUCCCCUCCUUUCCCCUUUCCCCAGCCACUUUUGCAGGUGAUGUCGGGUUAUAGGCCGAGGCCUUCCCUCUGUGAACCUGGGCCGGGCACUCUCUCCUCUGAGUUUCUCCCCAGCUCUCUCUGAUGCAGAAGGACAACCUCAUAGCAUGAUGCAUGGGCGUCUCCGUGUCCUUUCCCGGAGGGGAGGCACUGUAUCUGGUUCAUCUCUGUGGCCCCAGCACAGGCAGCCAAGUUUACUGUAGCAAGGAGGUCUCUGGUAACGUAGUGGACACCAGCAGUUCGGGAGACCUCAUUAAUAAACUGAGAAACACCCUGUAUUGUCAGCAUAAGAGUCCUGUGUUGAUUUUUUUUUUUUUUUUUUUGGCCUAGUACCUUCUGUGCAUAAAGCACUGAGCUAAGCAAACUCCUUACCUUUCCUUGGGAAGUUUGGGGCCCAGGAACCUGAAAUGUCUGUGUUGGGUGGCUUGCUGGCUCCAUCGCCCCAUCUCUUGCUUCCCUUUAUUAAAAUCUUGCUCACCUGCAUCUGGUCCACUAACAAACCUUUCUCUUUUGUUUAGUUCAAACAAAAGAAGGGAAGAUGUUUUUUUUUUUUUCUUCCUUUCCUUUCUCUCCCCUCCCUCACAACCUUGCAGAUUUGUCAGGCCCUUGUGUCCCUCUGCCGAGGUGCAGGCUGGGUCACAGUGUACCAGGGAUUUAUAAUCCAGCCUCAAAGCCAAGUGGAAAAUGCUUUAUUUAUCGGCUGGAAAACAGAUAAGCUGAGCUCUGCAAAAUGUCUGUUCCAGAUGUGGAUGAGAGUGGGGGCUAGGAGCUUGGGCUGUGAGGUGGUGCUGCUGAGUUCAGUACCCACCGUGGCCUCUCUCCCUACAGCCAGGGCGGGGCCAGUGUGGCUGUAGGUAAGGGAAGGUGGGGGAGGGGUAUGCCAAAGUCCAGGUGUCUUCUGUCCCCUGGAGGGCAUUGAUUACCUCCUACCAGGCUUCCUGAGAAAGCAGGGCUUUCUUCAAAGGGUAGAAUCAGAAUCCCCUGGGUGCUUGUUAAAACCCAGCCUAUUGGCUCAGAACCUGGGGCAGGGAUGUGGUGCCAGGGAAUCAACAUGGGUGACAUCCCCAGGGGGCCCUCAAGCACCUCUGGGCUCUCCCCGUGGUCAGGGGCUGCUGCCAGGUGAGUGGUGAAGUCUGGCUUGAAAUUCAGUCUGGAGUAUUAAGUGACAAAGAGUAAAAACCAGAAUCUGGCACACAACCCAGCCUCUGCGUCUUCUAUAAAUAUGAUCAUAAAUAUAAAAUACAGCCUGCUAUUAGCCUAGCACAAAACUUAACUGCUCAGGAAUCUGUAACAUCUACAAAAUGUGUUCUGGCCUCAACACUAUCCAAGUCCUUUUCUCUCCCUACUGUGGUAAAAUACACACAACAUAAAAUUUACUACUUUAACCAUUUUUUUAAAAAGAUUUAUUUAUUUAUACAAGAGCUGGGACAGGCCAGAGGCGCAGGAGGGUGAGAGGAUUCACUAGAGACAGAGCGGGGAGCAGAGCAGACAGACGGACCGAAAGCACUGCUGAGGGGACUAUUUUUUAGAGCCCAUUGCAGUAGUGUUAAGUGCAUAUUGCUGUGCAACUGAUCCCCAGAACUUUUCAUCUUGCAAAACAAAAACUCUAUCCCAGGAAGGGGCCACACCCCUCACCCCCUCUUCCAGACCCAGUGACCACCCUUUUGCUUUCUAUCUCUGUGGGUUGACUGCCCUAGCACCUCACCUAAGUGGAGUCAUAGUUUCUGUCUUUCUGUGAUUGGCUUAUCCAUAUAGAAUCGCUGAAGUGAAAGCUGUUCUCGAUGACAGUAAAUGUUUUCGGUGUCCCUAUAAUAAUAUUGUGACGUUUGGUUUUGCCUUGAAGCUCUGUUCUGCACCGUGUGGUCCCUGACUUCCGGCGACCUGGUGCCUCUGCCGAGGGGCAAGGCAGACUUGGUCUUGCUCUGCUGGCAGCUGGCCAGCUGGUGACCCAGAGGCCCAGCCCUGCCUACCUUUUAUGCCUUUGGAUAUUUGCUUCUGAAUCUUCUUUUCAUUCAAAGAAGAAAGGAAAGGCCUGUGGAAGGAAGGGAGGGAGAGGAGAGGGAGAGCAUGUGAGCGGGUACUGUAUGACUCAGCAAUCAGAGACUGUCUCGCCAACCUUUUCUUAGAUUUGGGUUCAAAGUUUGAUUUCCUCUGGAAUUCUCAGCCCUUGCGAGCAUAUUGGAAUCACCCAGGGAUCUUUUGAAAAUAAGCCCCUUGCCAGAUCUUCACCUUUUCACGGGGUUUGAUUCAGUUGGCCUGGGGAUAGGCCUGUGUGUCCUAAGUCAUUAUUUUGCAUUGUGGUUGAGACUGUUUGCCCUAAAGAAGCGGGUCCUCACCCUGGGAGCUUUAAGAAAUGCCAGGCCUCCCCUGGUGGCGCAGUGGUUGAGCGUUAGGUUGUGAGGCUGCCCGCAGCUUCUGCAGCGCCAGUUUGAUCCCCAGCCAUCGGUGAGGGUCCCACAAUCAAUCAAUCAAUCAAUCAAUCAAUAAAUAAAUGCAUCUUUGAAAAAAGAAAAAAAAAAAUGAAAGAAAUGCCAGGGCCUGGAUCCUGCCCCCAGAGUUUCUGAUCCAGUCUGAGAGUUCUCAAACUCGGCAAUAGUUUAAUUUGCAGCCAAUGUUGAGACCCCUAUUCUGCACCAGCAGUUCUCAAACCCGAACCUGCAUCAGUGGCCCUUGGUGAAAAGUUCUGGGCCCACCUCCAGGCAGAUUUGGUGAGCUUAGCAGGAACCACAGCUCCUGAGCCAGGCUGAUGCAGGUCCGGGGACUGCAUGUGAAGGUGGCUGUUCUACAUGAUCUUUGAACUAGCUUGGUUUUGUGCUGUAUUUUUUCCUGGUUGCGGAUGGGGAGAAUCUGAUUCAGGCCUGAGCCUUCUUAAAAGCACCAAGAGAUAUUCUUUUUCUGGAUAUUUGAAACCUUUAAAUAAACGUCAUGAAAUAUUUUGAAAGUGAAGUUACAUAGAUUUCUUCUCCCUCGGUUAGGAGGCGCAGGUGUGCCUGCGUGAAGAAUUCGUCUGUGCCCCACAUUAGGAUGCAUUUUGUGAUGAGAGCUCAGGGGCUGGUGUUUCUGGAGUGGGGAGCAGCCCUGUCCUGUCCUGCUGAGGGUUACCUUGUCACUGGUGCUGGGGUCAGGUCAGGGUGCUGUGCUGUGCUCUCCAGCACGGGUGCUCCAGGCCCACUAGGGGUGAAAGUCUGGGUCCAACAUUCUGUUCCUCCCUUUCCCCAUGGGAAUCAAACACAGGAGGUGAUGAGGAAACCUCCCUGGAACGGGUGCUGUGAGCAGGCAAGGGCCACAUCCCGUUGCUUCAUGUACUUCUUUCCCUUUAAUUUUGCUGGAGUUGAAACCAACUUGUCAGAACCUGAUUCUUGCUUCAAUCUCCUUUCCCUCCACUUGGAGAUGAGUCCUUGUCCCUUCCCUCUGCAGAUACCCACCCCCCCAACCCUCCCAGGCAGCCUGGGGCCCAGGGCAGCUCAGAAUCUUGUAUUCAGAAUAUUCUGUUUCCCAGAAUUCAGCGUGCAGCCACAGGUUACCAAAACCCAGAUUGUGGUGGAGAGUUGUUAAGGGAGGAAGUGUGACUUUUUAUUGAAACGAGGUAAAAGCACACCUCACUUCUCCGGAGCCUGUCCCCAGCAAGCGCCCCUCGUCCUCAGGUAGCUGACGACUCAGAUGAAGGGAAAUUAAUUUCGAGCCCUUUUGGAAUAGAUGCUCUAAAGUUCUGUAUCAAAGACCAAACAUUUGGUAACAGCAAACCCCUCACGGCAUUCAUUUUAAUUUUAAGUUCAAUUUUAGCAGACUUGAUUUUGGUUUCUAAUAAUAAAGCAAACUAAGAGAUUGGUGACCAGUGCUAGAUACAGUAAGAAGUGGCAGCUAAUCCACCAAGUCCCGAUCCUGAAGCAAUUCAGACAAUUUCACCCUGAGGGGGCCACACCCCUGCAAAGGCACAAAAAGGCACCAGCAACUCUCCCUCUGCUGCUUGAAAGAUGCUGGGGAACAGCUCACACCCUGUAGAAU